UUCCUCAUACAUUGUUAUGACUUAUUCCACGGGGAGAGUAUCAUUUGGGGUAUUCUCCAGAGGCAAACUCACCCUCAGACUGAAGGAGGAGCUGCGUGUGGACCUGUUGAUUACCCAGUGGCUGCGAUGGAGGUGCCAUAGAAGGAGGAAUAAGAUUCAUCUAUAACCAAACUAAACACGACAGACACUUCAGCGAGCCAACAGAUUACAAUGGAAAAAAUUAUGGACACUGAGUGUGCCCUACAGGCUGUAGAGAGACUCCAGGCCAAGCUAAAGGACCAAGGGGAAGCAUCCAUGCAGGAAAAACUCUUCCUGCUCAGAACAGUCCUGCAGAGCCCCCUGUUCCACCAUAUACUCAGCCUACAGAAGACUCAAAGGAAACCUCCACCAAAGGGGAAGAAGGGCAUUUCCAAGUCUGUGUCAAUGAAGUAUGGAUCGUGCCCGGGCAUGGCUUUGGGCCUAAAGACUUUGAGCCACAGUGACUCGUACACCUGGGCCAUAGAGAACCGCAGGCCCAGUAACCCUGUGCGCAGAGAAGGCAGCAGCUCCUCACUCGCAUCUCAAGAGCUUUCUAUCUCAGAAAUCUAUCCAGAUACACGCACAUAUACGGAAUCACAGUACUGUACUCCACCAAGAAUCUCCCGAACAAUGUCAAUGGGAAGGAAUUUGUCUUCUAUUGCACAUGAGAGGCGACAUUUGGCAUUGAUAGAGCUGAUCAAUGAUGGGAAAGGUCUCGGCUUUGGCAUUGUUGGAGGGCGAAGUACAGGAGUUAUAGUUAAGACUAUUCUUCCUGGUGGAGCUGCUGGCCAGGAUAACCGCCUUCGUAGUGGAGAUCAAAUUCUUCGUAUUGGUGAUACAGACCUGGCGGGAAUGAGCAGUGAACAAGUAGCACAGGUGCUCAGAAAUGCAGGAACCAAAGUAAAGCUGCUCAUUGCCAGAGAUAAUCAACAGUCCUCUCCUGAUCUAAGUCACGACAGCAUGGACAGCAAACCCACUGACCCAAACCAUGACUAUGAGUUCAGUGUUCAGUAUACGAAAAAUAAUCAGGGUUUAGGAUUCACCAUAUCAAGCUACACUGGUGAUCUAAACUCAGUAUAUAGUGCUGGGGUGAUGGUGAAGAGCAUCGUGAAGGGCAGUGGUGUCGAUCAAGAUGGCCGCAUCCACAUCGGUGACAUCAUCCUCUCCGUGGAUGGGAUGAGUUUGCAUGGUUGCAGUGAGCAGAGGGCUAUGGAGGUGUUGCGGAGGACAGGGCCAGUGGUUCGUCUGAGGCUGCUAAGAAAGGCAGUGGUCCUGAGCCACGUUCUGCCCCCCGUGCCCCCCCUGCACCCGCUCAGACACUCACACAGCUUCCAAGAGGGCAACCCCUACAAAGUCAGCCUCAAUAAGAUAGCAGAGACAGGAAUCAGCUCUCUUCGUGAGAUCUCGUGGCGUGCGGCCUUUGCCAACAGGAAACACAGAUUUGAUUCCAGAAGUGGAGGCAAACUGACGUCAGCUGAGGAGGAAGAAUUGAAGAAUAGAUGGCAGUGUGCUCUUGGACUCCAAUAUGAAGUCAUGGUUUGCCAGCUGGAGCGCUUCAGUGAAACCAGUGGACUGGGCAUCAGUCUUGAGGCCCGAGCAGGACAUCACUUCCUGUGCUCUGUUUUACCUGAAGGACCCGUUGGACAAUGUGGCAAGAUUCACACUGGAGACCAAAUAUUAGAGGUGAAUGGAAUCCCUUUGAUUGGUCAGAGCCAUAAGGAGGUGGUCAGUAUUCUAAAGGAGCUGCCCGUGCGUGUGUGCCUGGUUUGCUCUCGAGUGGUGCCCCCCACAGCUCCUAAAAGCCACCAGGAAAAUGAAGACGAUGCCCACCUCACCCUCAAAGAGCUGCUGGCUGAGUUCAAUGACAAGUUGGACCAAGGCUGUGUGAUCCCCUGUCCUACAGCAGAGGACAUAACCAAGCGCGGUGUGCCCCCCAUGUCUCCCCCCCUGGCCAUGUGGGAGCGGGAGGCGGUGGUGGUGGAACUGGAGAAAGGCGAGUCGGGCCUGGGCUUCAGUAUCCUGGACUACCAGGACCCCGAGGAUGCCUCAAAGACAGUGCUGGUGAUCCGGUCCCUGGUGCCUGGAGGUGUAGCAGACAAAGAUGGCCGCCUUCUUCCUGGAGACAGACUCAUGUUUGUGAAUGAGACAGACCUGGAGGGCUCCAGCCUGGAUUAUGCUGUUCAUGUUCUUAAAUCUACCGGUUAUGGCCCUGUCCGCAUAGGAGUUGCCAAACCACUGCCGCUGGAGUUUUGUGGUGGCCUGACGCCCAUCGCAGAGAGGAGUGCGAGGGCCUCUUAUGAUGACAGUGACAACCACACUCAGAUCAGCCUGCUAGCCGAGGCUAACACCAACGCUAACACUGUCACCUCGGAGGAUAACAGUGGCAUACGGACGUGUCACCCUGCAGCGGAAGACCAGUUGCGUCAGCGUUUUAACAACAUGGAGGAUGAUCACAGUGAAGUGCCGCCGUUGCUCCCUCGCACCAACUUUGAGAGGACCAUCACUGUUGUCCGGGGCAACUCGAGCCUUGGCAUGUCGGUGAGCGCUAUCAAGGACGGCUCAGGCAUGCUGGUGCGCAGUCUGGUCCAGGGGGGUUCUGUAAGCCAUGAUGGCAGGCUGGGGGUAGGAGACGCCAUCUUGGCCAUCAACGAAGAGCCUACCACUAAUCUGACCAACGCCCAAGCAAGAGCCAUGCUCCGCAGGCACUCUGUCCUAGAGCCAGAGAUCAGGAUAACAUAUGUCCCAGCUAAUCAGGUGGACGAGCACCGCAUUCGACUUGGUCUGCCCCCUCUGGCCUCCAUAACAGUAGACAGUGCCUCCCCUUCACCCACACCCCCCACCCCUUCACCUACACCGCCCACUCCUUCACCAGAACCUCCACCAGGGCACUGCAGAUCCCCAGGGCCCAUCAGACCUGCUCUUAUAACCUCAUCUACUGCUCCAACCAUCCACAAACCAUCUACAUCAGUGCACCUCAAACCUCCAACCACCGCAGAGGCUGUCAAACCAUCUUCAUCAGUCCACCUUAAACCUCAGAUCACAACCGAACCAGUGAAGCCAUCAGCAUCAGUCCACCUUAAACCUCAGAUCACAACCGAACCAGUCAAAUCGUCUGCAUCAGUUCACUUAAAUCCUCCAGUUAAUGUUGAGCAAGUGAACCCAUUUUCCUCAGUUAAAACUACACCCACGGCCGAAACCACCAAGACAGCUGCACCAUUUAAAGCUCCAUUCAAAUCCAUUGUCCCCACCAUCACCCCUGCUUCAGAUACCAGUUGGCAAAUUCGAAAAUCAAGUGUGGAUACAACAGAACACAGAAACACAAAUGAAGACUAUACAGAAAACAUCAAGGACAAUCACACUGAUGGGAAAGCGCCUAAAUUGGAUACAGGGCUUAUAGGAGAUGAAACAGAUCUUGGAGUUAAGGAGGAAUUCCACCCUCGCUUGGUAGUGUCCUGGGAGCACCCGAGAAGUGUGCGUUUGAUUCGAGCGCCAGGACACUCCCUGGGUAUCAGCAUUAUGGGAGGCAGAGGCAUGGGCCGCAGACUGAGCAGUGGAGACAUGAUGAGGGGGGUGUUCAUCAAGCACAUCAGCCCCGACAGCCCGGCAGCGCUUAAUGGCACCCUCCGGAUUGGAGACAGGUUACUGGAGGUCGGUGGUGUGGAUCUCAGAGAAGCCACUCAUGAACAGGCAGUGGAGGCCAUUCGCAAAGCUGGAGAAUCUGUGGUGUUUCUGGUGCAGUCAGGACAAUACCGAUCCCAGUCUCCUAUGCACAGUAACAGUGAGCGACUAACUCCAGGUCCACUAUCCAACUCCCACGGCAACAAGGUAAAAGAAGCCCACAGUGGUUUGUUCCAUAACCUCUCCCCCACCAAUCCCUACACUCCUACUCCCUUUAAGGUGCCCUCACCAACACUGCAGAGAGCGGAUCGGAGGAGCCCCCACACUGUCCCAUCAAAGACACAAACGGCAGCACAAGAUGAUGACGAUACUGCCAGGAAAAAGAUGCUUGAGCGGUAUGGCAGCUUGUCUGGGAAGCUCCAUAUGAUUGAGCUGGAGAAGGACCCGGCCGCUCAGGGGCUGGGGAUCCGGCUGACGGGGAACAAGGAUGGCUCCAGGGCCCGGAUGAGUGUCUAUGUGGAGCACAUAGAGCCUGAAGGGCCCGCUGCUUUAGAUGGGAGGAUCAGGGAGGGGGACGAACUGCUGGAGAUCAAUGGUCAGAUCUUGUAUGGCCGUAGUCACCAGAAUGCCACCACCAUCAUCAACAAUGCUCCUGCCAAAGUCAAGAUCAUCCUUAUUAGGUAACGAUGUUCUAUCUUUCUUAGAAGACUAGAACGUGAUCAACAGAACAUGAUGACAGGUUUUCUUGCUGUUACCUCCAGGAAUAAAGCAGCUCUAGGGUCACCCAAAGACAUCCAGCACAUGACGAUACCUCAGGAUGGACGAAUAAACGUUGGAGACAGAAAUGUAGGAGCGAGAGAUGAACCUGUAUCUUCAGUAGACAAGGUGUCCAGUCAGAUUUGCAAACACGGGGGCACUGUCAAACUGUCAGGAAGCCAUUCCAAGAACCCCUCUCUGCCUCCUCCCACCUCCAUAUCAUCUCUCUCUCAAUAUUCCUCCAUCAAUCUCUCUACCUCAUCCUCCCCAUCACAAGUCCCUAAUACACACUCUACAACAAAGAUCUUACCUGAUAGGCUGAAGUCUUUUCCUGACUCUACUGACCCACAAAACUGCCCUAUUGUGCCUGGAAAAGAAACUGCAAUAGAAAUUCACAAAGGGAAUCUUGGUCUAGGUCUGAGUAUUGUUGGAGGAUGUGACACAUUGCUGGGGGCAGUAAUAAUCCAUGAGGUGAAUGACGGAGGUGCAGCACAAAGAGAUGGGAGACUGCAGGCUGGAGACCAGAUUUUAGAGGUUAAUGGUAUUGACCUGCGGCAGGCCACUCACGACGAGGCCAUUGGGGUGCUGCGUCUGACCACACAGAGAGUGUCUCUGUGUGUUUUCAGACACCAGGAGGCCUACAGGGAGGAGGACCUGUGGGACGUCUUCAGUCUGGAGCUGAGGCCUCGAUCCGGAGAGGGACUAGGGUUUACCAUUGUGGGGAAAAGUAAUGACACGGGCAUCUUUGUGUCAGAUAUCAUUAGAGGGGGAAUAGCAGAUUUGGAUGGCAGGUUGUUGCUAGGUGACCAGAUCCUGUCAAUCAAUGGGGAAGAUGUCCGAGCAGCCUCUCAGGAUCAUGCUGAGAAACUUCUACAGAAAUGGAGUGUCAUUGUUCACUUGGAAGUGGCUCGCUUUAAAGCUGGUCUGCAGUACUCACAGCGAAGCCAGGAGUACUUUAAGUUAUGUUUUAUCCAGAGCGAAGACUCUGAUUGUUCAACCUUGACGCCGACCAGUGGAUGUGAUGCAUCAGUUGGCCACCAGGCGGAGACAGAAAACAAAACAGGGAGCUACAGUGCAGACAUACGACGAGUUACAAUAAACAAGGGACCAUAUGACUCUCUGGGCAUUAGUGUGGCUGGAGGAGUUGGAAGUCCCCAUGGAAAUGAGCCUGUUUUUAUUGCCACAAUGGAUACUGAUGGUUUGGCUGCCCAAACACAGCAAAUAAAGGCUGGAGAUAGGAUCGUCAGUAUUAAUGAUGUGUCUACAAAGGGAAUGACUCAUGUCCACGCCGGGGCCUUGCUGAAGACGACCAGUGGAAGUGUCAGUCUGGAGGUGACUUCAUCCAUGAAUGAGUGUACCACAGGGGAGUCCAGUGAAAGCUCUUCAGCAUCAUUAGAACAACCCAGCGGCUUGCCAUGCCGACACAACAAGCUGUGUGCUCGCAAGUACAAGACUAUCAGCCUGGAGAGAGGCUCUUAUGGUCUGGGCUUCAGCAUAGUGGGAGGGUUUGGAAGCCCCCAUGGAGAUUUGCCCAUCUAUGUGAAAACUGUCUUCAACAAGGGUGCAGCCAUAGAAGAUGGUCAGCUAAAACGUGGAGAUCAAAUUAUUGCUGUGAAUGGACAUUGUCUUGAAGGAGUCACUCAUGCUGAGGCUGUAGAAAUCCUUAAGAAGACCAAGGGAACUGUGGUCCUCACUGUACUGUCUUAA